CACGCAUCCCAUAGUGAGGGCAGGCAGAGGCAGAGAGCAGGCAAGGCAGAGAGGGAGAAAGGGGAGAGAGAGAGCCCCAAAGCAGCCUUGUGCCUCUGAGCUGGGCUCUGCCAGGGCAGAGCCAGCAUGUUGGUCCUCAGCCCUCUUGUCCGGGGAUCUUACCUGCUGCUUUUCUUCUGCUUUGCUUUGCCUCAGACUGCGUACGCUGACAAUGUCUUCUCACUUUCAGCAGACCUCCCUUGUUUGGAACAGAAGAAGCAGCACUGCAGAGCAUGCUGCCUCCUUGGCCCUCCUCCACCACCCCUGUUCCCACCACCGUACUUCAGGCACAGCUGGAGCACUAAGCUGGACAUGGAAGAGUUGUGUCAUGAGCUCCAGAUAAUACAGGCUUCCUCUCUGCCUGAAUUGCACUGCUCUGCAGGGCCUCCUGGCCCCCAGGGUCCACAAGGAAUUCCUGGUAUAGUGGGACCAAAAGGGGAGAAAGGGGAGAUUGGCAGGCCUGGAAGAAAGGGCAGACCAGGUCCCCCGGGCGUCCCUGGGAUGCCAGGACCGGUAGGAUGGCCUGGACCCGUGGGACCGAAGGGUGAAAAGGGAGAGUUGGGUGUGAUGGGAUUGCCAGGUACAAGAGGACCAAUGGGCUCCAAGGGUUUUCCUGGAACUAGAGGAGAAAAGGGAUCCAGAGGUGACAGAGGCGACAAAGGAGUCAAAGGAGACCCGGGAGAAAUAGGCUUCCCUGGAAUGCUGGGACAAAAAGGAGAGAUGGGCCCCAAGGGACAGUCUGGAGUACCAGGACACAGAGGACCUAUAGGAAGACCUGGAAAACGAGGCAAACAAGGACUCAAGGGGGACAUCGGGCCUGCGGGUGUCAUGGGCCCACCCGGCAGGCCUGGCCCUGUUGGCCAGCCGGGCCCCCCUGGACCCUCAGGACUAGGGCAAUUUGCAGUUGGACCAAAGGGAGAAAGAGGACUUCCAGGGCCUCCAGGGAGAUGUCUCUGCAGAACCCCACAGCAUAUGAGUAACCCAUCAUAUGAGCAAUCUGUGUUUGGACACAGCUACCCAAAAGUUCCCGCGAUUUUUGUGGUGAACAAUCAAGAAGAAUUGGACCGGUUAAACACUGAAAAUGCAUUAGCAUUUAGAAGAGAUCAGAGAUCCUUGUAUUUCAAGGAUACCUUUGGAUGGCUCCCAGUCCAGCUCACCCCUCUGUACCCCGUGGAUUACCGCCUGGAGGAGGGGGGCACCUGUGGAGAUGGCAUCGUGCAGGAUGGGGAGGAGUGCGACGAUGGCAACGCGAUUGUGACUGAUGACUGCAUAAGGUGCCGCCGUGCUUACUGCGGAGAUGGCUACAAGCACGAGGGGGUUGAAGACUGUGAUGGGAUGGAUUUUGGAUACCUGACAUGUAGAACAUACCUUCCUGGAUCUUACGGGAAAUUGCGCUGCACUUCGUACUGCUACAUUGACUCCACACAGUGUCGAUACUUCACAUGAGGCAGCAGAGGCGGGCAGCAUCCCGCGCCUAGGGGGUGCUAGGUGCUACACUAUCACCUAUCCAAGAAGGACUGGGACAAAAAAAACCCACCCACCUCUGGGAAAACAAACAAAGACACAUCAUGCUGCUGAUGGCCAUUCUGAGAUUUUUUUUUUUUUAAAGAUAGGUUUGUCAGAUAGGGAAAAAUAGGACCACUGCAUCCUGUCUUAAUAGAGAAAUUAAUGUCAAGCUGUGUGUGCCAGUAAGACUUCAUGCAGCUGGGAUGGCAACUUGCUCUCCAUCACAAAAGCAACAUUAAACUACUGGAAGCUGAGUUUCAUUAACCAGGAAUGCCAUGUAACAAUUACCUCGACUUAGCACUGUUAAACCCAAAGAUAAUCUCUUCAGGGGUUUUGUCUUUAACCCUUCUCUGCACAAACACAGAGCAUAUCUUGGAUGCAGUGUUUAGAGGGACUUUCUCUUUUAUUACAAUGUGAACUUAGCAAGUGUUGUAUCCACUAGAGAUGACUUCAGCAACUCUAAGGUUACCAAUUCUCCUUCAUUGGUCAAAGGACUUAAAGUUCUUUCAGAAUCAGCAAAUCAGUCAAAUAAGCUGGUUAACAUCACCUUCAGGCGAAGGUGUUGUCUUUGUGUGUCUGUGCUCUGCAAGCGGUCAUGGGAGGCCUGCAAAACACACCACAAAAGGACAAACUGGACAAAUAAACUGUGAAAUAGCCAAGAAGUUCUCUCCCAGGAGAAAAUCAGACAAGGAGGGAAGAUAAAAAAGGAACAUAUUUCUGUAUUUUUCUCCUCUGUGCUGAGCUGGCUGGGCUCUGCCUGACCCCAGGGGCUGGGACAGCAUUGGUUCCCUGCCGAAACCACGGCCAUGCACACAUUGUCUUCUCUCUGGUGCCCACACUGGAAGGUCUUUGCAUUUGCAACCUGUUGUCCACCCAGCCAUCAUCACUCAAUUCCCAGUUAUCCCCUGUGCUCCCUCCCCCUGUGCCACUGGCUGUUUCUGCACCAUGUGCCCCAGUGUGUGUUCUCCCUUUUGUACCGCUGUAAAUCAGACCCUGGAGUAGUGCAUCCGUGGAUGCUCGGUCAUGCUGUGCAAUGUACAUGUGGGGUUUUGGUUUUUGGGAAGGUCUCUCAACUAUAUCAGCUCUGAUUGGAGUCAGGGUAAUUAUAUACUUAUUUAUUAGCAAGUAGUUAAGAGCAAUUUUUACUUUUUAUGGAAAGCCUAUUAAAUGUUACGUGAAAAAGAGUCUAUAACAGAAAAUGAAGCGAAGAAUGUGCAGAAUUCAGGACUAAAAGCCUUAAAAUUAGGCAUUAUUUUCAUACAAGCCACUCUUUCCUGCUUUGUGGUAAAUGCUGUACAGGACUGUGUGAAAUGUGAGUUAUCUGUGCCAGUGACAGCACUGAAACAGCUGCACUGACACUGCCACUUCUGUAGAGGUUGCAUGAAGGUGGAUGUUGUGUUACAAGGAUAAUGCAUUAAAGCAAUCAAGAAACACAUGCAACUUUUACCACCUGCCUAGAAGACUUUAACUAUGCAUGUAUAAAGUGAUAUUGGAAAUCACAAAUUAGCAACAGAAAAAGAAAGAAAAUUUGUGUAUCUUCAUGGUUAUCGCUUACCUGGGCUAUUUAUGUUGCUAUGAAGCCAAGUCACCAUCAUUUGUAGCCCAGUUCAACGGUUUGAUUUUUUUCUUUUUUUUUUUUUUUUUUUUUUUUUUUUUUUUUUUUUUUGGUUAACUGAGGUCUUAAUAAAAGGUCCAGGAGCCACUGGGACAAGAAAAUUGCCAGAAACUCUGGAAAUCUGGACACUAGUACAGCUGCCUUUUAAGUUUCCUGUGCUAGUGCAAGCAGCAGGUUCCAGCAACAUCAUGCCACGAGGAGCAGGUUCUGGUUGUUGGGAGGCUCUCAAGGACAAACACACUCUCAGCAGCACAUCCUGCUGGCCAUCCCUCCAGCUGAACUCCUGGCAGAAUCUGGGGUGGAGACACUCCAUCUGAACUACCCACCUUCUCCAAGGAGUUAAUCUCAACCCCCCAAAAGGCUGGAGUCUCUGACAAGUUGGUAAUCCCAGUGGCCUUUCACCUUCCGUUUUUCGUUAAAAGCUCCUACCUCCAAAGGACAUUGAAAUAACAAAGCUAUGUGCAUGGAUCAUAGAAAAUGUAAACAGGAGAUGUGGUCACCCAGGUAAAACUACUGUGCUGCUCAUGUUCAGAAAGGGGCCUAUCACCCUGGUCAGGCUGGGAACACUUGCACAGCAUGGGUUUUAAAUGGACAAAGCAAUGUAAAAUACAAGAAAACAAACAAAACAAAAUUCAUACUACCAUUACUGUCUUGCUCCCCUCAGAAGAUAAAGCAUGAGAAAGACACCUGGGACGGUGUAAAGAUUAUAUAUUAUUUAAAAUGCUGCCAAAGAAAUCUUUGCCCUCAUUACUGGCAUUCCUGAUUUAUCAUCAAUUGGGUACUCUUCAGCUGGGUGAUGCCUGGUCUGCUGCAAAUUGUCUUCCCUCCUUCUCUGAGUUUGGGAACUUAAAAAAUUGUGCCAAGACUGGUUCAAAAGUUAAUUGGAAUAUUUCAGUUCCUUGGACUUUUGUAGCAGCAUACACUUUUGGGAGAGUUUUCUAAUGAUUAGUAUGCAACUCAAGGCAAGUACAAAGCAUUAUGCCAUGCACUGUAUUAAUGUAUACCAAAAAAUCUGGCUUGCACUUAAUAUAAGAUCAAAUAUAUGUAAUUGCCUACUGCGUAUGUUAGCAGCUCAUGUCAAUAAAUCAUGCUACCUUAUUUCCCCUA